GUGGGAAACUACCUGCGGAUGUUCAGAGGCUCUCUUUAUAAAAGAUACCCGUCAUUAUGGAGGAGGCUGGCCUCUGUGGAGGAGAGGAAGAAGAUCAUGGCCUCAUCACACGCCACCAGUGUGACUCUGUUGAAGGCGUCAGAAUGUGAGGAGAUCUUUGAGGGGAACGAUGAGAAGUACAAAGCUGUGUCCAUCAGCACCGAGCCGCCGGCGUACCUCAG